UCCAGCAGUUCACCGGGCUCAACACCACCAGCUUGAAUGCCACGUCACCCACCUACCUCCCCUACCACUCCUUCAAGCCCUGCUGCGUUGACUGGCGCUCCAGUGGCGCUGUCACCGGCGUCAAGAAUCAAGGCACUUGUGGAUCGUGCUGGGCAUUCGCGGCGGUGGCGGCCAUCGAAGGCAUGAACAAGAUUAGGACAGGGGAGCUGGUGUCGCUGUCCGAGCAGGAACUCGUGGACUGCGACACCGGGAGCAGCGGCUGCGGCGGCGGCCACUCAGACUCGGCUAUGGCCCUCGUGGCCGCCCGUGGUGGCAUCACGUCGGAGGAGAAGUACCCCUACGCCGGAUUCCAGGGAAAGUGCGACGUGGACAAGCUGCUGUUCGACCACCAAGCGUCCGUCAAGGGCUUCAAGGCCGUGCCACCCAACAACGAAGCUCAGCUGGCGAUCGCUGUAGCCAUGCAGCCCGUGACGGCGUACAUUGACGCCAGCGGUUUUGAGUUCCAGUUCUACUCCGGCGGCAUCUACCGUGGCCCCUGCUCCGCCAAUGUGAACCACGCCGUCACCAUCGUCGGCUACUGCGAGGGUCCCGCCGAGGGAGACAAGUACUGGAUUGCCAAGAACUCGUGGAGCAACGACUGGGGUGAACAAGGAUAUGUCUACCUCGCAAAGGACGUGCCCUCGUCCACGGGCACAUGUGGCCUUGCCACCUCGCCCUUCUACCCCACGGCUUGACCACAGGCAGCACUAUGUGUGAUAUCUAAGGAAUUGCUUCCGUUUCGUUGUGAUAAUGCAAAAUUAUUUUUUUACUAUACCUCCCUUUAAUUUGAUCAAUCAGUAGACCAUGCGUGUAAUAGCAUGCCCCGAGAGUAAUAAAUUUUCGAGUGAAUUACACCUUUUUACA